AAUUAUUGGGUUUAUUAUUGAUAUUUAGAUACAUAUACAUGUAAAUAAACUUGCAGAAGGCGAGGUAUAUUCAUACGUAACGUGCAGGGCCUACCAGCUUUAGGCGAGCCCAGGAAUAAAGCAAGUAGCUAACACUGGCGAAAUGUUUACUAGCUGCUUUCGCAUAUCGCCAAACAGAAACCAAAACAGUUCUAGAUGUGUAGCGCUUGAAAGAGCAUGACAUAGAAUUUAAAGUUUCUGUACGGAUGUGCACGUGAACUUACGUGUGUACGUAAGUUAGUACGAGACGCGUAACCAAAUCCACCAAACUACUUCAAUUAUACAAUAUAUCUAGAUACAUAUGUAUUUUAUUUGCUACGGAAUUGCUGUGAGUAAUAUAAGUUGAUUCGAAAUGGUACCGGCCAGUGUGAGAUUGCUGCAAUCAUCGCUGGCUCGAUGGCAGCAAGGCGUCCAAAAAAUACACCCCAUGACCAGGGGUGUGUUAACUUAUGCCGUUAUGUGGCCCACGGGCAGUUUGAUACAGCAAACAAUGGAGGGACGAAAUCUGAGGACCUAUGACUGGGCACGUGCCAUGCGCUUCAGUAUUUUUGGGGCUCUCUAUGUAGCCCCCACGCUCUAUGGCUGGGUACGUUUGAGUAGCGUCAUGUGGCCACAGACGAACCUGCGCAUUGGUGUGAUCAAGGCCAUGGUUGAACAAAUCUCAUAUGGACCUUUCGCAUGCGCCAGUUUUUUCUUUGGGAUGAGCUUGCUGGAGCGUAAAACAUUCACAGAGGCCAUAGAAGAGGUCAAGGAGAAAUUCGCUCCCACCUAUAAGGUGGGUAUUUGUGUUUGGCCCUUUUUGCAGACAAUAAACUUUUCCGUAGUGCCGGAACAUAAUCGGGUCGUCUUUGUCAGCAUUUGCAGUCUGAUCUGGACCUGCUUUCUGGCUUAUAUGAAGACAAAGGAGAUGGAACAUGCCAUCCAGAUCGAAGCGGAAACGAACGAUUAAUUGUGAAAUUUGAUACAAAUUUCUACAAAAUGCUGUGUACAAAUUUUAGACAAAUUACAAUACUUAGGUCAAUAAAGUGCAUUUCAAUAUUAUGUGUUAACAUAACAAA